CAAUCAAUCCCAUGCAAAAUUUCCUUAUUGUCUACACAAACCAACCAACCAACGUAUUAAUAGUAUUUUGCAUUUGAGUUAGGGAAUGAAUCAUUGAAAUUGAAAUGCCAAAAAUACAUUCAUACAUACACAUAAAAAAGAUCAAGUUUAUAUGUUUCCGCUGAUUUCGGGACUCUGUUUUUGCAACCCUCAUUAAAAUUCCCAACAUCCACUAUCUUUCCCUCCGCAAUUGCCGGAAAAAGUUAACAAAACAUAAUUUUCUUGUUUUGUGUCGUUCUUAAACAGUUGAAGCUGUUUUCUUUCCCUCUUCCUUUAUCCUCUGCAUUUCAAAGGAACCGGACCGAGUUGAUGAGGCGUUAUUCAUGGGUUGUGUGUUUGUGAAGCAAGGUGUGUCAGUGACGCCAGCCGUUGACCACUCUGUUGACUCGGAGAGAAAUGACAAGAAGAAGAAAAAUAAAAAGAGUACUACUGAGUCAUUUGGAGCGAGUUGGAGUGAGGUGGAUGAGUCAGGGAGAGCGAGUUUGAAUUGUGGUAGUGAGUCUUUGAGUUUCAGGUUAGGGAACCUCAGUAAGUAUGUGGAAGGUGAACAAGCCGCCGCUGGAUGGCCGGCUUGGCUUAGCGCCGUUGCUUCCGAAGCCAUUCAUGGUUGGGUGCCUCUUCGUGGCGAUGCAUUUGAGAAACUUGAUAAGAUUGGGCAGGGUACGUAUAGCAGUGUCUUCCGAGCGAAGGAGAUUGAGACAGGGAAGAUAGUGGCUCUAAAGAAAGUGAGAUUUGACAAUUUUGAGCCAGAAAGUGUAAGGUUUAUGGCACGAGAAAUAAUGAUUCUUAGAAGGCUUGAUCAUCCCAAUAUCAUUAAAUUGGAGGGCUUGAUUACUUCAAGAUUGUCUUGUAGCAUCUACCUUGUAUUUGAGUACAUGGAGCACGAUGUCACGGGACUAUUGUCUAGACCGGAUAUCAUAUUUAGUGAAUCACAGAUUAAAUGUUACAUGAAACAGUUGUUAUCUGGUCUUGAGCACUGUCAUUCAAGGGGUGUAAUGCACCGUGACAUCAAAGGAUCAAAUCUUCUGGUGAAUAAUGAAGGGAUAUUAAAGGUAGCAGAUUUUGGAUUGGCAAACUUCUCGAAUUUCAGUAACAAACAGCCUCUCACUAGUCGUGUUGUCACCUUAUGGUACCGUCCUCCGGAACUUUUGCUUGGUUCAACAGAUUAUGGUGCAUCUGUGGAUCUUUGGAGUGUUGGUUGUGUAUUUGCAGAGCUACUAGUUGGGAAGCCUAUACUUAAGGGACGAACAGAGGUUGAACAAUUGCACAAAAUCUUCAAGCUUUGUGGCUCUCCGCCAGAAGAAUACUGGAAAAAGACCAAACUUCCUCAUGCAACUUUGUUUAAGCCACAGCAACCAUAUGAUAGUUGUCUAAGAGAGACAUUUAAAGAUUUUCCUGCAACUAGUGUAAAUCUGUUACAAACUCUUCUUUCUGUUGAACCAAACAAACGUGGAACUGCCUCAUCUGCUCUCUCAUUGGAGUAUUUCAAAACAAAACCUUAUGCAUGUGACCCAUCAAGCUUACCAGUUUACCCACCUAGCAAAGAGAUUGAUGCAAAACAUGAGGAGGAGUCAAAAAGGAAAAAGAUCAGUGGGCGAGUUUGCGGAAAUGAAACUAGAAGAUCAUCAAGAAAGCCAGUAGGACUGAGUAAAUUACCCCCAGCAGAGGAUUUGACAAGUCAAAUUCAAACUUCACAAAAGAGGGAUGAUAGAUCAGCCCACAUACUGAAACAAGAGAACACUAAAAUAGGUGAGGAGGCACCAAAUCCAUCAAAUAGUAAACCAGAAGAUGCAGACGAUUCUCAUGUGAAGAAUGCAUCUCAAGUAGAAAUUCCCUUUCAUGGACCAUUACAAGUUUCAAAAUCAAGUGGAUUUGCAUGGGCAAAAAGGCGUAAAGAUGACGCUUCAAUUAGAUCCCACACUCGAUCUAUUUCUAAAGGACAUAUAUUCAAUUCAUUAGAAACUUCUACACUAAAUUCAAGAAAUAUUUCUGAUAAUAGAAACAGUGAAAAUAAGGAAAUUUUCGGGGAACGCACCAGCUCCAGAGGUCAUGAUCUAUUUGAAAUUUCUAAGCUAGUAAUGCAAAAUCAAUGGAAUAAGUUUGAUCGCCCAGAUUCCUUCGAUACUUCUGAAGAGUACCACUCACAAGAACUGUCAAAGGUAGUUUAUCAUAGAGAAGAUUCACUGUCCAAGAGAAGUAAUAGGAGUUAUCAGGAACAAGGGGAGAAAGUUGAAUUUUCAGGGCCCCUUCUAUCUCAAAUGCAUACAGUGGAUGAGCUCUUAGAAAGACACGAGCGCCACAUUCGGCAUACAGUUCGAAGAUCAUGGUUUCAGAGAGGUAAGAAGCAUGGGAAUUAAAGUAACACCAAAUGUAUUAUUUUAUUCAUAUGGCACUAUGGAAGGAUAUAGAUCCUUCAACAUGGGAUCAAAAUGUCCUUGUGAGAGGGCCAUCACCAUUGGCCAAGUUCAGUGCUGUGACUGUGAACAACAAAGGAACAUCAGGAUGUACAGUGUAUACGACAGCAUGAGUUUUUACCUAGGAGCUCUGAAACACCAAUUUGAGCAUUGUGGUCCUUUCAGCUUCCAUCUUUCACAGUUCAAAGGAAUCAUAUUUAAUAAUUUCCUAAUUAAGGAGAGUAGCAUACUACUGAGAAGGAGCCUAGUUUUGCUGUAUUCCACAAUCCUCAAAUUUCUAUGUUUUUUCAAAAUCUCAAGUUGCACAAAAAAAAAAUACUGUCAUAAUUAAUUGAAGGAAAAAAAUGUCAACACAUGGUUACAACAUAUAUAACUUAUAGUCUAGUAAGAUGA